AUGGCCGGUGACGUUGCUAUGGACGUCGAAUUGCUUGGGCGUGAGGGGGAGACGAAUGCUGAAGACGAAAGGAUUGAUGGGGGGCUGUCGGACGGCACUUUGUUGCGUCGGACGAUGGAGGGGAGGCAGGGGGUGAGGCGAACGGGCGGAGGGUGUUCGGCCGGGAGGGUGAUCGGAAGGAGCAAGGGGUUGGCUCUGGAGAUCAUGCAGCGGGAGGAAGUGGUAAGGGGUAAUGGUGAUAUGGACUACGUUCUGAAUGGGGGCCCCUGGGCUUUUGAGAACAAUGCUCUUGUGUGUCGGGAGGUGUUGGACGGGGUGAAUCCUGUGGAUGUGGAGCUGGACAUGAUUGAUAUGUGGGUACAGCUGCACGACAUGCCUAAGGGGUACACAUCUCACGCAAUUCUGGAACAGGCACGGAAUUUUUUGGGCUCUUUUGUUAAGCAUGAUGAGCGAUUUGAAGGGGCACCAUGGUUAACUUUUCAUCGUAUUCGGGUGUCAAUUCCAGUUGAUAGGCCACUUAGGAGGAGGAUGAGAUUGAUGAAGAGAGACAAGACUACAACAUGGGUUAAUUUCAGGUAUGAGCGGCUGCAAAAGUUUUGCUAUUUUUGUGGUUAUAUGGGUCACUUGCAUACGUUUUGCCUACAAGCUAGGGAAGCGGGGAUACCAGUGGAUAGGUAUUUGUACGGUCCGGAUAUGCGGGCUGGUGGGUCCCGGAGCGCUACUACAGCGGUUGGGGACAGCUGGCUCGUGCCGGUAGGUGGGAAACCACGUCCAUUGGUGAAGCCACGGAUGAUUGAGGCAGUAGAAGGGGAAAGGAGAGGUGUGGGAGUGACGCCCACGAGUAUGUCUGAGGAUGAGGUGGUGGUCUGA